AUGGAUUCCUAUAAUCCAUAUAGCCAGGGCCCUAAUUUUGUUGAUCUGCUUAACAGUCAACAAGAUUUUCCCCCUGAUGAAUUCGGUUCUUCGCAGCGCCCUGUCUUUACUUCCCAAGGUACUGAGACAUCAAGCUUCUGUGAAGACUCACAUACCCAGCGCAAAGAAAGGAAGAAGUGGACUCCCGCUGAUGAUCUUGUACUCAUUAGCGCCUGGUUAAAUACCAGUAAGGAUCCUGUCGUCAGCAAUGAGCAGAAAGCCGGUGCUUUCUGGAGCCGCAUUGCAUCGUACUAUGAAGCUUCACCAAAGGUGGAAAAGGGUGAUAAGCGAGAACCUCUUCAGUGUAAGCAGAGGUGGCAGAAGCUGAACGAUCUUGUGUGCAAGUUCUGUGGAUCCUAUGAGGCUGCAACAAGACAGAAGACAAGUGGGCAGAGUGAGAGUGAUGUUGUGAAACUGGCACACAAGAUCUUUUUCAACGAUCACAAGCUUAAGUUUAACCUUCACCAUGCUUGGGAGGAGCUCCGCUAUGACCAGAAAUGGUGUGAGCAUGCUACUAGUAAGCUUGGUGGAAGCGCUAAGAAGAGAAAGUGUGAGGAUGGAGCGGAAACAGCAAGCUCUCAAGCAACUAUCAAUCUAGAUGAGGAACCUACUAAACGUCCAGCGGGUGUCAAGGCUGCGAAAGCAGCUUCUGCAAAGAAACUGGUAGUACAGAAAGAGGAUGCGUUAAAGUUUCAGGCCAUGUGCUCUAUUAAAGAGAAGGACUUGGCCCUGCAAGAGAGACUUUCCAAAAUGGAUCUGCUUAAAAGUCUCAUUUUAAAAAAUGAGACACUUUCUCAAAAUGAAGAAGCACUAAAGGCUAAGCUUCUUACAGAGAUGCUGGAUAACUAG